CGUGCGGAAGUUGGUUGAUCGUAGUCGCCUGGAACGAGUAAUCGAAGUACGGGCGAGCGAUCAUUUGGCUCGAGUCUUGAGAACUUAACGGAGAAACUAACAGUUACCGUCUGCAGCUGGUUCCACAAGUCGCAGAUUAGGGUCAUAGUUUUCAGGUGUGCAGUGGUGAUCAUUUUUCUCCGUUAGGGCAGAAUUGGUUGAUCACAUUCCUUUGGUUGCCAGGAGAGAAGACGGCAGUUUCUGCCAACUGCAAAUUUUGCGUUCAGAGUUGCAGGAUAUCGAUUUUACGGUCUGGAGAUCUUUUGAUUCGACUUGGGCUCGUAAACGGCCGUCUGUUUAGUGUUUGCCGAAUGUCGGUUCAAUUAGAGCUCCAAGAAAUUCGGGUCGAGCUGUAAGUCUUCACUGAUUCCUCAGAAGUCCAAACAGCGUAGGUCAGAAAGGAAGUGUGCGAGGAGCACGCUCUUUAGGGCGGGGAGGAUGAAGACAGUGGUCAAUGCGGAUGUGGGCGGGCAGUGGUGAUUUGAGACGUGAGUGGUCGUGGAGGGCCCUUUGGUGGGGACGGGAGGUAUAUGAGUGAAUGAAGAUGCAGCGGGGAAAAAUAAGCGGAAGCAAAGGGUGAUGAGAUUGACGUCCAAGGAAAGGCCAAUAAAGUUCAGUGGUCUCGGUUUGUACGAUUCCGAGUGAUCACGAGGAUGGAUAGCACGCACAAAGCAUGGAAACUUAGAAAUUCGACUGAUUUAUGGCGACCUUACUCGCAAGCUUCGAACAAUGGCAAGUCCCCCCCUGGCAGAGGGAGAUUGUCUGCAUCGGACAGCGAUUGUAAGUUUCCAGCCACGGUGAGAGACAACGAGAAAAAGUCGCCGGCGAAAUGGGAUUCAAGCACUUCUAGUGGUGCUUUUACGCACGACACGUCAAGCAUGAGUGUUGGCAGUAAAAGUUCCUCACCUAUUUUGCGAUGCAGGACCGUCUCCCCAGAUCUGAGCAGAAGCUUUAUAGCUGACACUCUGAAUACCUCUGAAAGUGCUCACCAAGCUCAGAUUAAAGUUAAUGUUACCGUCAACCCAGAGACUGCUGCAGUCGCCCAGCAUGCGGUAUCUGUCAGCGCAGGGCCAACACCCGCAGCAGUAGCAGAUUUGAAGCCCUUGAAUUUAACCUCACUGGAAGCCUACUCAGCGAUAGAGAGACCUGGUAGCCGAACUCGUAAACAGCAGCUACCUCGGCGUAACAAAGCUUCGAACCCAAACCCUCCGGCAGCUCAGAAGGAAGUGGUUAGCAGACCUGCAUCGGUUUCACCACAAAUGUGGCAAGAAAAGAUUCAUGUGUCGAAGAUCAAAACUGACAGGAGUGUAGUUGCUUGUAAACGGUGGCAAUCAUCACAGGGAGUUGUGGCCUUCGGAACCAGAACUCCGAAGAAAAAAGACCAUGACGCAAAAAAUAAGAGUUUCCCUCAAUCUCUUGACGUGUUCUUCGUUCCUGGAGUUCCCUUGCCGACUUUUACUCGUCUGCAGAGAAGCAUUGUAGGAAAGAGAUCCUCGUCCUAUCCGGUCGAGCAGAUGUUGCUUCCGUUAGGAGAAAACUUGGAAGGGUUACAGAAUGAAUUGGUGUUAUGUUCAUCAGGGGCUUUUUCGAAGGAAAACUCCUGUACAAGAGACGCCUGUCCUCUUGUCUGUGACGAAACAACUGGAAGCGAUCGGGAUGCUUUAUCAGUAGCUUCUCUGAGGAGCCCAGAGCAAUGCGUCUUGAUGAGAAUCAACAUGGCUUUUGAGCCAGGAAUGAAACCUUCUGCGCCAUGCAGCUCCAGUUACUUGGAAGAGAUUAAGACGGAUGAUCGGAGUCUUUCACCAGGUCCCAGAGAACCAGACAAGACUAUGAUGUCAAAUCAGGUUUCUGAGGCUGCCGCUCAAUCUGAAAGGUCGGAACCGAACUUAGUCUUAAUGGAGCAGGAUGACGGAGAAUGGGAUGACAGCUGUAUUCAUGAGGCAACAAGAUCGACUUCUCAAUCACACAUCGAGGAUGAGGGAAUGGCAAAUAGCUUGAAGUGUGAGGCAAACGGGGAGCCCUUUUUCUCAUGGGUGGUAUCUGAUGACGAUUUGGAGGAUACAGGGGAUCCGAGGUCACCAAGGAGACGACGAUGGCCAAAGGUAGCACCGACCUCGUCCGACAGGAAUCAUGUCGAAAGGCUCUCAACAACUUCUGCAUGGAGCAAUAGUGAUGGUCUUCCCGGAGAAAGUUUGCCGAAUUUAGAGUUUAAUUAUGAAGAAAGUUUCCCUUUCGAAAAUAGUGACCAGUGCCCGCAGGCAGACAAGGUCCAAGCUGAAGAAUACUUUGCAGAUAUAAUCAAAGUAGAUGGAAGCACUCAAGAUGAUGAUCUUCAAGGGAAAAACGAUCUGUGUUCGGUAAGAGCGACAGUCCAAGUUGUAGAGACAGGUAGGGGUGAACUUCCGCUUGACGGUACAUCACCAGCAAACACUAACCUAAAGAGUCGUGGUUUGCACAUAAGGAGCGACAGGCCCUUCGAAAAGAGAGCUGGUCGAAGCCCAGGCAAGUGGAGUGAGGAGGUCUCACUCGCCUCUGAUACCAGUGUAGGUGGUUUCAGUUCGAAGACCAAACGGUCUCUUGAGAGGGCGACACUUUACAAGAUAGAGAGAAAAAGAAGGGAUGACAGCUCACAAUCCUCUGCAACAGGUGACAUUAAGAUCAAAGGAGCAGGUAAUAAGGACAAGGUUCUGAUGAGAGCAGAGGCAGGUUUUCCUCUUGGCAUCCUGAAGGAACGGGAGAUGAAGCGAAAGGAGGAGGCUGGUAUAAGUCCACCAAAAUUAUUGUCGACGAAGAAAAUGAGCAUAUCCGGACCACCCGCUAAAUUUCGUGAAAUUAGAAUAGACCAUAAUCUGAGAGCCCUUAAUCUACCGGGAGGAGAGUCCACCUCUCAGAGCGAAGCUCGUGAGGUGGUGGACUCAACUUGCAAUGGUGGUCGCAAUCUUCUUGAAGCGCAAGCAGUCCAGAGAACGGAUUCGAAGUACGGGGUUCAGGUUUCAGGGCUACCAGAUCCAGAAACAGAUCUGCCACAUCUUCCAGAUCCCCCUACACUCGGUAAUCCUAGUGGGCAAUCCUGUCGCAACACAAAUAUCUCAGAGAGACUUGGAGAAGAACAGGAGGCAAGUAACUGUUCAUCUGAAAUCAGCGUAAGCACUCAACCUCGAGAUGGCUUAGGCGUCAUACCUCGAAUGGAGGGAAAAUCGACCGCCGAAGUCAUACCCAGGUUGUGGAGCAAUCCUCUUCACGAUGAAACCGAAUCAACUGACCGUGCAUCUCUAUCUUCUGAAAAAUUUAGCAGCAUACUUUCUUACUUGGGUCACGUGGAAGAAUCCAAUCUUCAGGAGAAUUAUAAGCUUCUCCAGAGAAGAGAUCUUGCACAGGAAGGUACCUCCUUCAGUCUCAAGGGGAAUCAUUCUCCGUGUACUGUCCUCGAACACGAAGACAGUGUUUCUUUGGCUAAUUCUACCUUUACUACAUCCCUCACCAACAUGUCGAAUCAUUCAGGAGAUGAAGCAGGCUUGAGCUCUGCCAACUCUUUAUUUGAAGGCGUCCGAAAGAAAAUGCAGGAGUUCAAAGCCACAAUUGCCACAAAAGAAUCCCAAAACGCCGAGCUCCUUAGAGACAUAGAGAGACUCAAGGCAGACAGAGAUCAAGCCUUGUCAUUAGAACGCGAUAGGUUUGGGAAAGAGUUGGAAGUUAGAGCUGCAGAGUAUAAAGCAGCGAUUCAGCACCAUCUCGCUUUGAAUGAGAAGAUGGUCAAGGAUAAAGAGGCUCUGUCUGAGAAAUGUUGCAACCUCGCAGGCAUCCUGAACUCUGUAGAAUUGAAGUUCGAGGACAAAAUGACCGCAUUGAAAGAGAAGUUUGCACAGGAUUUGAAGAAGCAAAAAGAGAUUUGGCUAGCAGGAGAGAAACCCAGACGGGAAGCAUGGAAAGAAAAAAAGAUCAAAGAAAUUAAGGAGCUAACAAUAAAGGGGUUAGAGCCACACAUCGAAGGCUUGAACGAGAAACACAAACUAGAAAUCAAAAGGUUGGAGACAAGAUAUGCCGAUGAAACGCAAAAGAAAUUAGAAUUACAGUCAAUUGACCAUCGGCAAGAGAUUUGCGAUCUUCGAAAUCGCUUCCUCAAGGAACGAGAUGAAAUUCUGGAGAAGGAGAGAAUGUCCGCUCUAACGAGAAUAAAUCAUGUGGCUGAGAAGUAUGAGCAGCAGGCGAUGGAACUUCGAAGGAAAGUUUCUAGUGACAUGGCAGCGGAGCUGGAAAAGGUAGAAGAAGCACGGCGUAAGGAUAAGCAGAUAGCUCACGAAAUGCUUUCCAAAGCACUACAGGAAUCCAAUGACAGAGAAGCAGCCUCUAAGAGAAGUCUUGAAAAGUCUAUAGAAGACGCCGUAGCUGACAAGAACGCGGAAUUACUCACAAUGCAAGCAGAGCUGCAGAGGUUCAAAAAUGAUUGGCAAAAAGAUUUUGACGAAAAGCUUCGGCAGAAAUUGCAGAUUCAAGUUGAUGAGAUGAAAUCAAGGUGCACGAAAGAACGAGAUGAACAAAUUGAGAUGAUAAUUGAAAAGAUGGAGAACGAGAAAGAUGAAGCUAUAGCCCAAAAUCAACAAGAACUGCUUGUCAAAGUGGAGACUCUGAUGGAGGAAAAGCUGGAAUCCAUGAAGAAGUUGAAGGAGGUUGAAUCCAAAUGUGCCAACCUAUGUAAGGUCGCUCUUGAGGCGAAGCAGAAGGCUGAGAUGGACUCUGCCAAUAAAGACAUGCAAGUAGAGUCACUUCGAAGGGAAUUGUUGUGUCAAGCUGAUCUUAUCGAACAUCUCAAAUCACAGAUCCAGCAAGAGAAAGCAAAUCUGAAAGAACAAGAACGACGAUUCGAGCUCAGGCUUUCUAAGGAGCAUGAGCUACUGCAAGCGGCCGAAUUAGACGCCGACAGGCUAAAUGCUGAGACACAGCAGCUGCGAAUAAAAAAGGCCAAGGAGCUGGAGGAGGUGGAGAUACAUGUGAGGCAGGCGAUAGAUCACAAAGAUCAGGUUAUAGCUGGAUUGAGAGAACAACUACUGGCUUCAAGGGAGCAAAUUCGACAUACAGAACUCCUUUUGCAGCAAGAGCACAACGCAUUUGCAGCAGAUCCUGAUUAGUAGACAAUCAUUUGAUCCACAUGCGACGCGUUCUUUGUAUAUCUAACUUGCAGUAAAGCCUUAAUUCUUUUGUCUCAAAAUAUGAUGUGAGUACAAAACUAAGUAACUUGUGUACACACAUGCCAGAAGACAUGAAGUGAUAUGAAAUAUCAAAACUGUCAUCCCCGGUCAGGAAUCCGUCAAAGGAUAUCCAUCUCCGAGACGUAUAAUAUAAUGUAGUUUUAGGUCGUGAAACCUGAGAGUCAUAUUCCGAUAUUUUAAGCUUUAAGCACGUAAAUUGAGCUGUUUUUCCCAGUAGGUAUUUAUGGAGAGGUAAAUUUACAGAAAAUUGAGCUAGCUAGGUAGCAAUUUUGCAUUCAGUGCUCAUAAAAUAGGCGGGU